UUCUAAUUCAUAGGUGACAUGUUACAUCCUUGUCGAACAUCUAUAUUACAUAGGUUACGGGGAAAAAAAUGUAGUGGAAAACCUAUAAGGAUUUCACUUACGCAUAUAUGCCAACGGACAUUUCAAAAAAAAAAAAAAAAAAAAAAAAUCAAAAAAAAAAUAUAUAUAUAUAUAUUGUAUAUUUUAUGUUGUUGUAAUAGUGACUUACAUUAUUUUUAAGGUCACUAAUCUAAUUUUAUAAAGUCACGUAUAUUAUCUUUAGGAAUUACACUAUUAUUGUGUAAAAGUUAAAUCCCAAAGAAACGGGUGGACGCAUGAAUCGUAGGGAAAGCAAAAAACAGGUGAAUUCCAAAGGAUAGAGAGAAAAAAAGGAUGCAACUUUCAAACGAUGAGUACAUCAGUGCAGAGAGGAGUCUGAUUUUAUCAUUUAUGAUAUGGAUGUUAAUAUGAUAUUCUAUUCAGAAUCAUUGUUCAUUUUAAUGGAUUCUGAAAAAACUAUGACGCUAUGUAACAAAUAAAGAACUGAUCCUUCCAUCUUCUAGCCCAAAAUUAACCUUCCACCACUGUCAAUUAUUUGAAAGUUCCUCUUCCCCUUCUAAGCUUUUCUAUGGUCAUAUGAUGUCUUAUUCUAUUCUUAGUACCUUCUUUUGACCUGUCCAUUCUGCAGAGGAACAAGAUCUGAUGAGUCAUAUUCUCCGAUAACAAAUCGAAGGGCUUGUGAUCAAUCCCAAUUUGGUAAUAUUCUUCUCACCAUCAAUCUUGUUGUGAUAAUAAGCAAAGCAAGAAAAUGGAUGAACAUGGAGGAGGAAGCAAGGUGACAGGUAUUAGACAAAUUGUGAGACUCAAAGAGUUGUUGCAUAAAUGGCAAAAUGUCACUCUUAGUCCCAAAGGUACAAAUGAGCAUCCACUUCAAUCAUCCAAUAUGAAUAGUAAUGGCAAUUUCCAUGGAGGAAUAUCACCUGCUAUUACAAAGAGGCUAAAGAGCUCCAAUGUAUGUUGUGAUUCGGACGACGAGAGUUGCCAUAGUCCAGAGCCACCGCAUGGUGUCCCUAAAGGUUAUUUAGCAGUUUACGUUGGACCGGAGCUUCGAAGGUUUAUAAUUCCUACAAGCUACCUUAGUGAUCCCUUGUUCAAAGUGUUGCUGGAAAAAGUUGAGGAAGAGUUUGGAUUUGAUCAUACUGGUGGACUUACUAUUCCUUGUGAGAUUGAGACAUUCAAGUACCUAUUGCAAUGCAUGGAGAAUCAUCAGAGAGAUCAUGGUGCUGAUCUUCAACAUGAUUCUGCUGGAUCUUCAUUGGCAAUUGAGGGGUGAUUAACUACUAUGGCCUUAGUGAUGGUUGAAUCUUUAGGGAUGACUUUUUGUUUCUUUUCUUUACUUCUUCUGGUGUUAAAUUAAGCUAAGAUAUGAUCUCCCUGUAAUGCAGAUUUGGCAAUUCUUUUUUUUUUCUUUUACUUGUACGUUUGUAUUCAAAAUUGAUAAAAAACGAAAGGGGGAAAAAAAAAAAAAGAGGGUCUGUCUAGGUAGUUAGA